CUGAAAAAGCUUUUACAAAUUUUGUGCAUCUAUCCAUUUCGAACCUUCAUUUUUCAUAAGUCCGUGAUGUUCACCUUUACAUGACGUAUUAGCGUUUCUCAAUAUGGCCGAUGGACUAUCACUUCAAAUGUCAUGUGAAGAUUUUACUGAAUUCAAGGAAGCAUUGAAAAUCUUGCGUAGUGUUGAUGAUAAAAUAAUUUAUGUCUUGAACAAGAGUGUGCCUACAUUAUCAUUUACUGCUGAAAUAAAUGCAGAAGUUAAAUGUAAAGAAUUACAUGAAGAGUUGAUUAAAGCAUACACUUCCCGCCAGAAUAUAAUUAAAAGAUGUAUUAGUGAAGUUUCAUCAAAUGUGCGAAAUCUACAGAGCAAACGAAAUUGUGGUGAUGAAGACAAUGAAGUAUUGAAUCACCUUAGAAAUGAACAGACAAAGCUUCGAUUGAUGCAGUCUGAACUCAAUGUUGAAGAUGUGAUAAAGCAACGAAGUUUAAAGGUUUUCAAAGAAAAAUGUUGGAAAGUGUAUAAACUUUGAUCGAAAUAAAUUCUUUCAAUCUUAGUGAACUUUAAAUGUUGGAAUUCACUCAAUUGUAGUCAACUCAAGUCCUUGAAUGUUGGAAUUCAACUUCUAUUUUUUCAACUAGCACAUCUUUCUCUACCUAAAUUGCUUUGAUAAUAAAAUAUCAAGAAGUUAUUGCUAAUUAAUUUUAUUGCAUUUACAUUAUUAUUGCAAUUAUACUCGAAAUGUCUAGUUAACAAAUUAA